UUCAGUACUGCAGGUAAUGUUGUGGAGGUAAUAUCUCUCUCACUCUCUCUCUCUCUCUCUCACUUUCUCACUCUCUCUCACUUGGAAAUCUACGUGGCCAAUAUUUCACCUGAGAUUAAUUUUUGGACCGCAGAGAGACGACCAGGAGGAGGAGGAAGAGGAAGAAGAGGAGGAGGAAGAAGAAGAGGACUGUUAAAAGUGUUAUAUAAGCAAACAAGAGGAGGAACAGAUCAAAGAAGAAGAAGAAGAAGGAAACAUGACGGAUUAUCUUGAUAUGUGGCAGGAUAUAGAGACAGUGUUGCUUGGGGAGUUACGCCCCCCGGUGGCCGAUCCCGCCUGUCACCCACCACCACCACCACCGCCGCCCCCAGCCCCGCCCCACCCCGCACACCCACAGGCCGCCCACACCCACUCCCACACACCGCCCACCUACUACACCCUGCCCCCGCCUCCCAUGCCAGCUCCUCACCCCCACCACCCUUGCCCUACCCCAGCCCCCGCCCCAGGCCCUGCCCCCGGCCCGGCCUGCGCGUGGAGCGAGGCGUGGCUGGACUAUUACCCCGCUGCUGCUGCUGCUGCUGGUGGUGGUGGUGGUGGUGGUGGUGGGGGCUAUUAUCCAUCCACGCCACCCUACCCCCCAGACCUGUGUCCUGCCUACCCACAGCAAUCCACCCCCCACCCCCUGUUGACGCCCCCCUCCUCCCCAUCCAUGCUGGCAGGGGGCGCGGGCCCUGCAGGGGGCGCUGCGGCGGCGGGGGUGUUCGUGGCGCCCCAGAAGCCUAAGGGGCGGCGGCGCCGCGCGUGGAGCCGGCGCCGCAGCGUGAUGCACGCGUGCCCCGCGGCGGGGUGCGGCAAGACGUACGCCAAGUCGUCGCACCUGAAGGCGCACCUGCGCACACACACCGGGGAGAAGCCGUACACGUGUGACUGGCGGGGCUGCGGGUGGCGGUUCGCGCGCUCCGAUGAACUGACGCGGCACUACCGCAAGCACACCGGAGACAGACCCUUCCAGUGCAGGCUGUGUCAGCGCGCCUUCUCCCGCUCUGACCACCUCAGCCUGCACAUGAAGCGACACCUCGCCCUCUAACACCCACCCACGCCCACACCCACCACCACCAGCCUGCCGGAGUAAGGAAGCCGGCCUGGCGCCACACACCACCAGUGCACGGGACACAGGCUGGCGGGCUGCAGGCUGCCACACACCCCGCCCUCACCCCUUACCCAGACCUGCAUUGCCCUACCUCACCCAUCACCCAUAACUCUCUCUCUCUCUCUCUCUACCCACGUCAGUCUAGUCAGUCACCCCCACCCCCCGCACCACCCCCUCCCCCCCGUUCCAGUGUGUACAUAUUAGUGUUGUGAAGAAUUUGAGUGUGUUUUGUACUUUUGAUAAUAAAUUGUGAGUCGUUA